UCUCACCCAAACGUGCCGCUGUCAUAUCCUCGAACACGCCACGCGACGCUGUGAACAAUUAUUACUGUUCUAGGUUGGGCUUCAGAAAGGAAAAAAAAUUAUGUCAUGGUGGGGAUUCGCCCAAAAUCGGUGAAAUUUUAUCCCCGUUCGCAGCUUAGCCCCUGACCCCUGUCCAUGGCGAAGGCCGGAAGGAGGAGGAGGAGGCGGAGAUGCUCCCCGGCAAGAUCGCCCGGCUCAAGACAGCGGUGGGCGGUAGCGGGGGCCCUCACCGGCACCAUGGCCGGCGCCGCGGCUCGGCUGCGGAGCGGCCCGUUGAGCCCGAAGACGCCAUGUACGGAGCGGAUGGCUUUCUUCGCCUCUGCAAGCCAAGAAGGUCUCUGUCCAACAACUCCACUGAUUGGGGCACUCGGUCAUCAAGGUCUAUCUGUAGUAAAAAGGCACCAACCAGUAGUUACCUUUGGUCAUCGCAGCCGGUUUUUACUUCACUAAUGGAAGGAACCAUGGAUCAUAAGUCGUCUGGAGUUAGCAGACCAGAAAAAAGGCUGUUCCUUAGUUCCUGAAUUCAAGCGGCGAUGCUGGAGGCGCUAGCAUCCAGGCUGUCUGGCAUGCUCUUUCAUAUGACCAGGCAGGAAACAAAUAUGCUGUUGGGUGUGCCUGGAGAGAUCACCAAGCUGCAGAGAACGUUCAGUGACCUAAGCAGCAUAUUGGCCGAUGCUGAGAAGAAGCGCAUCCGUGAUGGCAACGCAGUUGUGGGGGACUGGGUAAGCGAGUUCUGGGACACCAUGUACGACAUUGACAACAUACUCGAUUCUACGAUCAGUCUGGAUGGGGCAUGCAUGAUGUUGUACACUCCUUUGCUCAGCAUAUAACAAAAGAUGAAGGAUUUCUGGUCAGCGAGGGGAAAAGCAUAACUAGCAAUUCGAAGCUCUGUCGCCUAUCUAUAUCAAACAAAGAGGUGAAAUGUGGUGCUUUACAAAAACGAAAGUCACUGAGAACAUUGAUGCUAUUGGGUGCCACUGCCACCACAGUUGAGCUCAAGGAUUUUCUGAAUAAACUUUCAUACUUGGCGCGUGUUACAUUUGCAGGAUGCAAAUGUUGAACUGCCGUAGUCUGUUUGUGGCCUGAGGCGUUUGAGGUACUUGGGACUUGAAGGCACAUGCAUCUCUACAGUCCCACAAAAUAUUGGAUAUUCACAUCUUUUACAGCACUUGAACCUUAAUGUAUGUAAAGAUUUGUCUCAACUACCGGACAGCAUUGUGAAACUGCAACAUCUAAUGUCACUUGACAUUUGAGGUACCAAGAUAACCUCUACAGUCAGGAACUUUGGACUGCUACAGAAUUUGGUCAAGAUGUGGGGGUUCCAGACCAAUUUGGACGAUAGCACAAAUGGUUGUUGGUGUAGCUUGGAAGAAUUAGGUUCUUUGUUGGAACUCAAGCUGCCAUACAUAGAAGGUUUGGAGAAGGCCUAUUCUGUAUCUGUGGCUGCUAGAGCUAAGAUAAGCAGUAAAUCCCAUCUUACAAUGUUUGAGCUUAAAUGUACUAGUGGGCUCAUAAAAAAUGGUGAGGGUGAAGGAGAUGACAUCAGCAAAGAGGAGCACAAGCAAAUUGAGGCGGUUUUUGGUAAUCUAUGUCCUCCACCUUGUGUAGAACAAAUUGCCAUCAGAGGCUACUUUGGACAUUGGCUACCUCAGUGGAUGGUGAGGAUGACAUCCUUCAGGAGCUUAAGGCGGUUGGAGAUAAGGGAUUAUCCAUGUUGUAAACAGCUGCCAACUGGCUUAGUAUAGAUACCCUUGAUUAUUUUUGGAUCAUUUGUUCUCCGUCCGUUGAAUCCAUCGGACAUGAAUUCCUCCU